GCAAGCCAUAUUUGUGUUUAUUUAAUCCACACAGCACUAGCUACGUAGCUCAAGGUAUGUAGGCUGAGUGGACGGCUGCCAUCAUCGCCAAUGAAUUGAUUUUCUUGCUACGCGCCUAGUCCAACUGAAUGUCGUCACAUGGGGCUCUACCAGAAAACAUCACAUUUUAAGGCACCUAAUCGGUGCCGUAAUACAGAAUUUUCUCUUUAAAUCUCCUACUCCUCAACAUCUCCUGGGAGGAAACCUCGAGGCUUCUGAGAAGCUUCGUUUCCUAUCAUCGCGAUUCUCUUCGGCACCGCUCCUCCUUCACCAUCUGUCUUCGAUCUUCUCCUAAUCCGCCGGCACAUUAGUUGGCAAUUCCCCCUCUCUUCGUGCCCCUCCUUUUGCUCAUUCCUCGUCUUCGUCUUCCUCUCUUCUUUGUCACGCCAUGGUCUCACAACGGUAGGCCAUACUAAUAUCAGUAUCAUGGUGUCCUUUUGGCCUUGGAAGGGCAACGACUCUUCCCCAUCUUCGUUUGAGAAGACACUAUCGACGCUUUCCAACAAGAUAACCACUACCCAAACCCAGCUCGAUCGGGUGCGAACAAAUUCCCGCAGAAUCAAGGUUCUCUGGACUCUUUACCUCGCCUUCGCCUACCUGGUCUACGCCAUCGUCCUGACCCUAGUGGUGGGCUGGCAGAACUUGGGAGCAUGGGAAUGGACCGGCAUGGCUGGAGGCCCUAUUUUAAUCUAUCUUGUUAGGACUUUCACAAACGCUUAUUUCAGCUUCCGCAUCGAGAGUCUUGAAGCUUAUCUGAAGGACUAUCAAACCGAACGCACGAAGACUAUUCAGAAGCUAAAGGACGCGACCAAGUACGACUCGACUCUCGAACUGCUAGAGAAGUAUGGUGGUUCCGGAGAGAAACGAGCCCGGGCUAAACAGGCGGGAGAAGGCGACGGUGGCGACGGGCAGUUGGCGAAGGGAGCUGGCAAGAAAAAGCACCAGAACACAGGCCCCGAGGCCACCGGUGCCAGAACAAAUAUCCCGCCUCCGCCGACGGCCAACAUUGCGAGGCCUCCUCAUGUACCAUCCCCCAGAACUCCUCAGGCCUCCCAUAAGCCACACACUCUGCAGCCCCCACAACAUGCUACCCCGCCAGAACUACCCUCAGAGGAAUUCGCGCCGAAUGCUGGGCCCCUGCCGCCGGUCUACUCACAAUACGAUGUAAACCCAGGUCCGCCACAUUGGUAUGAUCGCAUCCUGGACCUAAUGCUUGGAGAGGAUGAGAUGGCGACUAAAAACCGUAUCGUGCUCAUCUGCCAAAAAUGCCGCCUCGUCAACGGACAGGCGCCCCCCGGAACUAAGACACUAGCAGACCUAGGGACGUGGAAAUGCAUGUCGUGCGGGUCUCUCAACGGAGAAAUGGACGAGGGCAGAAAAAUAAUUCACCAAGUAUUAGGGUCAAAGAAACCCCCAAGCGACAGCCGCGGAGCAGAAGACAGAGAUAGCGAUCUCUCGAGCGACCUAGUCAAGAUCGAGGAGAGCGAGAGCGAUGGUACGGGAGAUAGUGGAGGGGAGGGGGCAGGGCAUGCGGCGGAGCAGUCGAGAAUGAGGCUUCGGGGCAAGAAGUCCGAGAUGGUGCCUUAAUGACAAAGUCCAUAUCCAAGGAGGCUAUGUUAAUAUCCAAUCAUAAGCUGGUAUUUGACGACAUAUGCAGAGAUUUACCUCUUUACUCCCUCCCUCAAUCUUUUUGUAGAGUAUCUACAUCGCUAGAAACGGUCUGAUGACCCUGCCGUAUAUUCCAAAGACCCAGUAACAUGAAUCACAUACCCAGACGGCCUUGACAGGAUCUACCACAAUAGAGCAGUGAGGGCACAUCAAUUCUUCCUUUAGCCGGGCUCCCACUACGUAUAUGUCUACUCUAGGAGACAGCUAUGCCGUUGAGAGGUUACGUACCCCAGUAUAUAGUGAUAAAUCGAGGUAGAAGAUGAGCCAAAUUACGAAGACUACCAAGUAGCGCUGUUAGGAAUCGAACCUAUCCUCCUUUAAGUAACUUAUUGAUCCGGAAGCUCCGGAAGGGCUCUUAGUCCACGGUUUGGCUAGCCUUUGGCAUAAUGCAGG